AUGGAUAAGGAGAAAAAUACUUGUGAUAUUAAAUAUGGUCCACUUCAUUCCAUAGAAAAUAUUAACGCACAUUAUUAUUGUGUGCUUUUGUCGAAUGAUAUUCUCCAAAGGGGAAAUGAUAAUGAAGGGUUAUUAGGUUUUCUAGAGGAAGAUAUUAAAGAAUUGCAUAAAAAAAGUGCCGAUAAUAUUUGCGUUUAUUGUUUAAAAGGUUAUGCAACCCUUAAAUGUUGUUACAAAAAAUGUAGAAAAAUAUUUCAUCUUCCUUGUGGAAUACAAAAUAAUUCAAUGAGCCAGUUUUAUGGUUCUUUUAAUAAUUUUUGUUCACUACACAAACCUAUACAAAAAAUUCCUCAAAAAUAUUACAAAUCAAUUGGUAAAAUACUUUGUUCCAUUUGCUAUAGUUCUAUUAAAUUUGAUAAUUCAAACAAAUUUGAUAAUGUUUUAUGGGCUCCUUGCUGUAAAAAAACUUGGUAUCACAAAUUUUGUAUUCAGAAACUUGCCAAUAGUGCUGGAUAUUUAUUUAAGUGUGCUAUUUGUAAUGACAGUGGUAAAUUUAAACAAUGGAUGCUUCGUUUUGGUGUUUUCAUUCCGAAAAGAGAUGCCUCAUGGGAGCUUGUUCCAAAUGCAUAUGAAGAAUUAUUAUUCAAAUACAAUAAAUGUGAUGCAGAUGUUUGUAAAUGUCCAGAUGGUAGGGAAAAAGAUGUCGAAAGCACUAUUUGGCAAAUAAUAUUAUGUAACACAUGCGGCUCUCAAGGUAUUCAUGUUAAUUGUGGAAGACUGAAAUUUUCUGAUCCUGAAUGGCAAUGUAAUAUUUGUGCCAAAAUAUUAAACAAAAAUAAUGAUGACUAUUCUAAAAAAAAUAUAUCUCUAAGUUCAAAUGAUUUUUCUAAAAACAUUCCAAGUUCAUCGAAACUUUCGAAAAAUAAAAGAGGAAAAAGAAAACAUUCAACAGAGGUGGAAGUUUUGGUUUGUGAUAAAAAACAAAAAAUAGAUUACAAUUCCUCCAUUGUAAUUAAAUGUCUGAACAAUAAAGAAGAUUUUCAAGAAAGUAAUUCAAAUAAAGAGGAAGCUUUACUAUAA